GUGAGCGACGCGCGGAGAGCUCGGACCGCGUUAUGGCUCUGAGCGCCGCAUUGUUUAUUCUCCCCGUGCUCAUAGCCGGCGGACACGCUGUAUACAAUAGAGACCGCGCUCUACAGCGGGCCGAUCCGAGACUUUUAGAUCGAGCUUGCGAACUUAGCUCGUGCUAUCCCGCUACUGGCAACCUUCUUAUCGGUCGCGAGGCUCGACUAUCUGCGUCUUCCACGUGCGGCAGUCAUGGACGUGACCGCUAUUGCAUUGUAUCCCAUCUUGAAGACAGAAAAAAAUGUUUUUGGUGCGAUUCAUCGAAUAAUACACUCAAUAAUCCGUUGCUCAAUCAUCGAAUUCAAAACAUAAUAUAUAAAUAUAUUCCUGGAUCAUUGAGAAAAUCUUGGUGGCAGUCGGAAAACGGAAAAGAGAAUGUAACUAUUCAACUCGAUAUGGAAGCAGAAUUUCAUCUUACACAUUUAAUAAUACAAUUUAAAACGUUUCGCCCGAAAGCUAUGUUGGUGGAAAGAUCAUUCGAUUUUGGCAAGACUUGGCGAGUGUAUCAAUAUUUUGCACAUAAUUGCGAUGAAGCUUUUCCAUUUGUGCCGAAGCACACUCAACGUACCUUGACUGAAGUGGUUUGUGAGUCUCGUUAUUCCGGUGUAGCGCCAUCAACUGAAGGUGAAGUGAUAUUCAGAGUGCUACCUCCAAACAUAAAUGUGACCAAUCCGUAUUCUGAAAAAGUGCAAAAUUUACUACGUAUGACUAAUUUAAGAAUUAAUUUUACGAAGCUUCACACACUUGGUGAUGAUUUACUUGACAACAGACCUGAAAUUCAAGAAAAAUAUUAUUACGCUAUAUAUGAAAUGACAGUACGUGGAUCAUGUUCGUGCUAUGGACAUGCAUCAAAAUGCUUACCUAUGCCCGGUGUAGAUGCCAAAGAAAAUAUGGUACAUGGACGUUGCCUAUGUACACAUAACACCCGUGGCUUGAACUGUGAGUAUUGUGAAGAUUUCUAUAAUGAUCUUCCGUGGCAACCUGCUGUUGGUAAAACUUCAAACGCCUGUAAAAGAUGUACAUGUAACAAUCAUGCCACUACAUGUCAUUUCGACGCGGCUGUGUACAACAAAACGGGCAAAAUAAGUGGUGGUGUUUGUGAUAAUUGUCAACACAAUACAAUGGGAGUCAAUUGUGAACGCUGUAAGCCUACAUUUUAUCGUGACCCAAGUUUGGAUAUUCAGAGCCCUGAUAUUUGUAAACCCUGUGACUGCGAUCCAGAUGGAACGACAGACAAAGAAAUUUUAUGUGACGAUGAAACUGAUUUAGCUAAUAACAAAACAGCUGGACGCUGUUUAUGCAAAUCGAACGUCGAUGGAGCCAGAUGUGAUAGAUGCAAAGAUGGGUAUUGGAACUUUGAUCCCAAUAACCCUCGUGGAUGUGACUCUUGUACUUGUGACAAAUUAGGGACUGUAAAUGAAAGAGGGUGUGAUCCUUUAAGUGGAAACUGUUUCUGCAAACGUCACGUCACAGGACGAAAUUGUGAUCAGUGUCUACCAGAAUUUUAUGGAUUAUCAGAAAGGGAUGAUGGUUGUUUACCUUGUGAUUGUGAUCUUGGCGGUUCUUUUGAUAAAGACUGUGACGUUAUAACAGGACAAUGUAAAUGUCGUCCUAAUGUUACAGGACGCCGUUGCGAUCAACCUAUACAAAACUUUUUCGUCGGGGCUCUUGAUUCUAUUAUUUAUGAAGCUGAAUCCAGCCAAUGUGAUUCUCAAAUAGAUGAUAAUGCUAUACAAAGUCAACUUUGUCAUGUUGUCAUUCGGGAAAAUUAUCCAGAUGGACGAAAGGAAACUUGGACAGGUCCCGGUUUCAUGAAAAUACCAGAAAGUAGUACUUUAGUUUUUGUUAUUAAUAAUCUAAAAACAAGUAUGAAUUAUAAUGUUUUGAUAAGAUAUGAACCACAAUCUUCGUUAAAUUGGGAAGAGGCUACAAUUCUCGUUAAACGUCCUUUACCAAUUGAUUCAGAAUCGCCUUGCGCUAAUGUACGACCUGAAGAUGAUACAAUAUUUACGAAUUUGCCAGCAAAUCGAAGAAGUGUUUUGGUGCGACCGGCGGUUUGCCUUGAAAAAAAUAAAGAAACUGAGAUUCGUAUAUAUUUAGGUAGACAAGACGGUCAUAGUACAAAUAAUAGAGCAUCAGUUUUAAUUGACUCUAUAGUAUUAAUACCUUCAGUAGAGGAUUUACCGUUUUUAAGAAAUGGAAGUUCAAUGAGGGAUGAAUUUGACCGUUAUAACUGUGGUGACUCAUACUAUUACGAUCUCAAUAGAGAUAAUAUACCUGAGGUUUGUAAAAAAUAUCAUGCAAGUAUUGGGUUUUACAUUAGAAACGGAUCUGAAUCUUGUCAGUGCGACCCAUCGGGAUCAAAAAGUUAUCAAUGUGAUCCUUAUACAGGUCAUUGUCAAUGUGUGGAAAAUAUUGUUGGAUCCAGGUGUGACCGUUGUGCUCCUGGAACAUAUGGAUUCAGCAAAUUUGGAUGUAAACGUUGUGACUGUAAUAGUAUAGGUUCACUAGAUAAUUUCUGCGAUGCAACAAGUGGUCAAUGUAAAUGUAGAGCCAAUACUUAUGGACGAGCUUGUGAUUUGUGUCAACCUGGAUAUUUCAAUUUCCCAAAUUGUCAACAAUGUGAUUGCAAUGGACACGCCAUUGAAUGUGAUGAUAAGACAGGAGCUUGUAAAGAAUGUAGGGAUUACACCGAAGGACAUCGCUGCGAAAGAUGUGUAGAAGGAUACUACGGAGAUCCACGACUAGGCAUUGAUAUACCAUGUAGACUUUGCCCUUGUCCAGGUGUAAAAGGUGAUCCUUAUAAAAGCAGUCAUGCUGAUCGGUGUGAAUUAGAUCCUGAUACAAAAGACGUCGUAUGUGAUUGCAAAGAAGGUUAUGCUGGACUUCUAUGUGAUGUUUGUGCUGACAAUUACUACGGAGAUCCUAUUAAAGGAACAUGUGAGAAAUGCGAUUGUAAUGAAAAUAUAGACAUAACAAAGCCUGGCAACUGUGAUCCAUAUACAGGACAAUGCCUUCAAUGCUUACAUAACACAGAUGGAGAUCAUUGCGAAGUAUGUGAAGAAGGAUAUUAUGGAAAUGCUUUGGAAAAAGCGUGUUACAAAUGUAAUUGCUCUGUACUAGGUACAAACUUUACCAAAGGUAACUGUGACGGCGUGACAGGGCAAUGUCCCUGUUUUAACAACGUUAUUGGUAUAAAUUGUGAUCAAUGUACCGAGAAUCAUUGGCGAAUAGCUUUAGGUACAGGUUGUGAUCCAUGUGAAUGUGAUCCUGUUGGUUCUAUUUCACCUCAAUGUAAUCCUUAUAUUGGUAAAUGUGAUUGUAAGCCUGGACACGGAGGAAGGCAAUGUGAUCAAUGUCAAGAAAAUUUCUGGGGCGAUCCUAAUGUUGAGUGUCAUGAAUGUGACUGUGAUUUGUAUGGUUCCGUAUCACAACAAUGUAUGCGAGAUAAUGGAUCAUGUAUUUGUAUACCAGGCAUUGGAGGAUAUAAAUGUAAUACUUGUGCUCGGGGUUACCUUGGUAAUGCUCCAGAAUGUUACGCUUGUGGAGAAUGUUUUGAUAGCUGGGAUCGUCUUAUUGGAGAUUUACGAGUACAGACUGAAUACGCAAUCGGGAAUGCAAGUAAAAUAAAAAUAAUAGGUUCAACAGGGGCAUACACAAGAGAUUUUGAAGAAAUGACAAAAAAGUUAUCCGAUGUUGAAAACUCACUUCAAAGCGCUAAAUUAGGCCAAAGUACAGUUAAAGAAUUAUUGAGUAACAUAUCAAGAUUGCAAGAUCAAUUAAACGAAGCAGGGAAGAAAGUAAAAGAAAGUAAUGAACAUUUGAAUGCUAUAACUUCUAAAAUUAAUCUUGGUAACGUGACUUUAGAUGGAUUAAGAUCAAGCAUUGAUAAUUUAAAAGCAAAAGCGUAUGAGCUAGGUAAUAAUGCAACUAAAUUACAAGAGGCUAACUUGGAGGGUGCACUAAACUUAACACGUGAAGCGAAGGAAAGAGCUGUUAAAGCAGCAGAUGAAGCUGAGAGUGUACAGACUGUCAUAGCUAAUACAGAUAGACAAAUCAAGAAUACAGAUAGACUCAUAGAAAUGCAGUAUGCAAAUUUCAAUAACACUCAAAGCGAAAAUGACAAAAAAUUAGAUGAACUGCGCCAACAAUUAUCUGACUUAGAAUCGCAGUUACCAAAAAUAAAUGAAAAAAUGUGUGGUCAAGAAAGUGAUACAUGUGAUAUUUGUGGAGGAGCCGGUUGCGGUAAAUGUGGCGGAAUUUCUUGUGACCAAGGAGCUAUAACAAAAGCAGAGCAGGCAUUAGAUUUUGCGAAUAAAACAGAACAUAGAAUUAAAGAACAUGAACUAACGGCUGAGGACUUAUUCAGAUCAGUGUCUCAAAUUAAACAAGAUACUGUUGCAGUAAAAUCUAGGGCAAAAGAUUUAUUUAAUAGAGCCAGUGAAUUUAAAUCGUCGACUGAAAAGACAACGAAUGAAAGUAAAGAACUUACUUCUGAAUUAAAAGAGUUUUUAUCCAAAACAUAUAAUACACCUGAAGAUGUUAGGCAACUCGCCACCGAAAUUUUAAAUUUUUCUAUUAGCAUUGAACCUAAAGAAAUCACAGAACUUUCACAGCGCAUUAAUUCAACUGUAUCACAUUUAACUAAUAUUGAAAAUAUAAUAGCUGAAACGAAACCAGAUCUUGACAGAGCGAAAUCUCUUAAACAAAAUGCUACUACAGUCAAUAAAGCGGCGAAUUUGACAUUGGAAAUGGCUAAUAAGGUGUUAGAAGCUUUAGAUGAAGCGCAAGCUGCACAGAAUGCUGCAGAAGAUGCUAUAGAUAAAGCAAAUAAUGAUAUCGAAGCUGCAAAAAGUGACUUAAUACCGAUAACAUUAGAAACAGAACAAGCUCAAAAGAAAGCAAAUGAAACUAUGGAAGAAGUUGAAGGUCUUCGUAAUCGUCUGUCCGAUCUCCAGAAAAAUAUUCUCAAAAUUGAAAGUGAUGCCGAUCAAGUGAAACAAGAAGCUAACGACGUUGUUAAUAAAGCCGAAGGGGCCGAGCAAAAGGCCAGACAAUUAAGACAAGAUUUUAAACAAACAAAUAUAUCCCUUUCUGAAAGAGCUAGCCAGACAUCGAAUUCAAGAGAACGGGCUCAGUUGUUACUUAACCGAGCUACUAAAUUGGCUAGUGAUACACAGACGCAACUUAAGCUGUUAGCAAAUAUGGAGGAACUAUACAACGAUCACAACGAACAAUUAAAUGUCUUAGAAAAGGAAAUAGGUGAACUUAACACUCAAAUGAACUACUAUGUAUCAGAAAUUACUAAACGAUCUGACUAUUAUAGGUCUUGUACUACGUAACAAGUAAUUUAUUUUUGAAAAGAAAUUGUAUGAAAAGCUAUAAAAUGUACCGUAAAAUCUCAACAUUUACAUUUUUU